UUUAUUGUUUAUAUAGAUUGUAGUCUCUUUUCACGAAUUGUCAUACAUACAUACAUACAUAAUUUCACGCCUGUCUCCCAUGGGGGCAGGCAGAUACUAUUGAACGCCAAUUGUUACGAUUCCUACAUACCUCUUUCGCUUCAUCAACAGUCAUCAAUCUUUUCAUGCAUGCUCGUCGGUUAAGGGUACUUUUAAUUUGGUCCUUCUUUAAUAUAUCGCUAAUCUGGUCACCAUAUGUCCGUCUAGGGCGUCCUCUACCGAUGGCCCUAUUCAUAUGCGCCCUGUAUACUUCUUUCGUUACUCUACUUCAUCCAUCCUUUCUACAUGUCCAAACCAGCGUAACCCUAUAG